AUGGAGCCAAAAACACAAGAAAAAGUCGAGCAUACUUUAACCUUAAAAGGUUUGUUAAUUAUGAGACUUACCAAGCCAGCAUUAAGUAGUCCUUUAAUAGUUACUAAUGAAUCAAAAGAUCUGCCGGAGGAUAUUUUAAAUAAUGAUCUUAAAAAUGACAUAACAACAGUAAAUGAAACUGAAACAUUAGCUGUUGGCCAGUUUUUAUUAAUUCCGCAAAGCUUUGGAACAAUACAUCUAGGAGAAUCUUUUUUAGGAUAUAUUUUAAUUCAUAAUGAUAGUAAUCAAAUAGCUAAAAAUGUUCAUGUAAAAGCUGAUCUUCAAACUGUUACUCAAAAAAUUCCUCUUUUAGAACACAAGUUAAGCGAGCUUAGCCCACAUAAAACAAUAGAUCAAUUUUUUAAAUUCGAAGUUAAAACACCACUCGAUCUUAAAACCAAAUUUUACAAUGCAGAAUCCGAUGAAGUUUUUUUGGAAGCACAAGUUCAGAACAUAACGGCUGGACCUAUUCACUUAGAGAAAGUAUCCUUUGAAUCAUCAGAUUUAUUUAAAGUGUCAUCCCUAUAUAAAACAGACGAAAUAAAAUCCGACGAUUCUCUUUUACAACCCAAUGAAUUUAGACAGUAUGUUUAUUGCUUGACACCUAUUUAUGACUCUGAUGGUAGUCAUUUAUUCGGUGCUACUAAUAUCGGAAGAUUGGAUAUUGCCUGGCGGUAUAAUUUAGGUGAAAAAGGAAGGUUACAAACUAGUCAAUUACAAAAAAUGGCACCGGAUUUUGGAGAAAUUCGUUUGUCGGUACAUAAUUUGCCCAAUAUUGUUAAAAUAGAAGAACCUUUUAAAUUUUUAUGUAAAAUAUCUAAUCUUAGAGCUAUGGAUUUAGUUUUGAGUUUAGAAAAAUCUCAUCCUGAUCUUGUUUGGAUAGGUACUUCCGGUCAACACAUUGGAAAAUUAGACAUUGGAGGUUCAAAAGUAAUCGAACUCACUUUGGUUCCAUUAUCAGCAGGACUUCAUAACAUUUCGGGAAUAAGGUUAAAAGAUUUAUCUUUAAGUAAAAUGCAUAACUACGAUGACGUACUGUACGACAUAGUAUCGUUAAUUUUCACAUUAAAUAUGUUACUGUGCAAUAGAAAAUAA